AUGUUAACAAGCGGAAGGACACCUCAACAAGCUUGCCAACAGUGUAAUGUGGAAGAGGCUGUAAUUCGAUGCAGAGACUGCCUCCCCAAAGAACUGUAUUGCAGUAACUGUGAUGUGUCAGUGCAUCACCAGUAUGUUCUACACAACAGGGAGUCAUUUGUGGGAGGCUUUUACAAAGCCAUGUCACCGAAAUGCAUCGUUACAAAAGACAGCAGUGGUGAACAUGUAGUGAGUGAGCAAGAUUGUCUCCUACCGAUCGCUUUGCCCAAAAAGAUUUGCUGUUGUGGUGCUGAGGAUGUUUCGGUGAAUGCUGGUCGUGCCGUUAUCUUCAUAAAUAUUAAUGGUCGCUAUGAUCUCUCUCUUCCUUUGGUAACCUGUAAGUCUUGCCUAAAAUCGUGGACACCUGAGGUCAAAGACCUUAUAUUAAAUGGGUACUGGCCUGGAACCAUUGAGUUUCAGACGAUUUACACUGUCGACCUGUUUAAUACCUUUGAAGACUUUAAAGUCACGGCACCUGGCCUAUCCAGACAGGCCUUUGUGAGAAUGCUGCUGAGCCGCUCAAUGCGUUCUGGCAGAGUUGGUACAAUAUCAGUGGACUGUUUUCAGCGCAGUUUUCUGGAAUGGACGUACUGUAGACAUGAGAUGGAAACACUUCUUGGAGAUGACCAUUUCUCCUGUCCAGCUUGCAGUCAGGAUAUGGUGGCAGUGUCUCUUGAUGGGAACAGGAAAAUGUACAGGUUUAAUCGCAACGGGAUAAAUGAAAAUCCAUAUUUUGACGGAACCUUCUUUGCCAAAAAUGAAGAGGUUGCAGAGUUUUUGCAAACUAUUAGAGACAAAAUCAAACCUUCACCAGGCCGACCCAUUUGUGGAAACUCACACUUUAAAGCUGGCAGUGAGUCUAACAAGAAGUCUCAAUCCAAACUUGAUGAAGAGGGUGUGAUGAUUUCAGUCUGUAGACACUGCAUUCUUUUGAAUGGACUACAGAUGUACCGUGGAGAAGUGUUUGCAUACCCUCUUUAUCUUCAAAAAGAGCUUGGCAAGACACGAAAGAUUGAGUUUGUCUGCACUGAUGUAAUGUGCAAAUAUUACCCAUACUUAAAAAGAGUGUGUGAGGCCUUUCCUGAUCUAGAGUAUCUUUUGCAAAUGCGACCAUUCUUAUCGGUUAUGCAUGCAAAAGGUCAUUCAACCAAAUGUGAGGUGGAGUGGGGUGGCCGCAACCAAGAGGGAGCUGGUUUGACUGUUGGGGAGGAAGUGGAAGCAGUCAAUUCAUUUAUGUCACGUGCUGCAUUGACAACAAAAUAUAUGACCAAAUCUGCACGCACAGAUAUGAUCACUAUCCAUGUUCGUGGAUGGAACCUAAGGAAAAAGUUAAAUCUUCACAAUUAUCUUGCUCAAAGAUAUGUUAAGACAUUACAGAGAACAGCUGAGGUGGCAGGGGAGAUUGAGAUGACCAAAUCCCACCUGAACAAAACAAGUGAAGAUCUUCAGCAGUGGGUCACAGAUGUUCAAUUGUGGGCAGCAUCAAGUAAGUGUGUUACUAAAUCUAAAGAAAUCAUGUCAUGUGUGCAAGGGUGUAGGAAUGAGUUUGAAAUUGAGGGGGACUCAUUUUAUUCAACAAUCGUUGUUUUUAUUGGGUGGGACAACAUUAACUGCCACUAG